ACUUUGUGGAUCUCCUACUCUGUGCCAGGUAUGGCUUCAGGCAGUAGGACACAGCAGUGAAGAGAGCAGACCCGCCUCCUGGCGCAUGUAUCCAUCGGGCUGCAGCUCACGAUGUCUUCCGGCUUCAUGGUAUAUGGAGCUGGGGUCGCAAUCAUUUUGAUAUGCAGUUUUCACAAGUCAACUGAAGACUCUCUCCCAGAACUGAGUCCUCAGCAGUAUUUCAGCACGCUGCAGCCAGGAAAAGCCUCUUUAGCUUAUUUUUGUCAAGUUGGUUCGCUAAGUAACUCUGUGUUUCUUGAAGAACUACGAGAAGCUGUUAGGCCUCUCCAGGACUAUGGGAUUUCCGUCUCAAAGGUUAACUGUGUCCGGGAAGAAGCGUCAAGGUACUGUGGGAAAGAAGAGGGUUUGAUGAAAGCAUAUCUGUUCAGAGGCAACAUACUGAUCAGAGAAUUCCCCACGGACACCUUGUUUGAUGUGAACGCCAUCGUCGCCCAUGUUCUCUUUGCUCUGCUUUUUAAUGAAGUAAAAUAUGUAACCAUCCUGGAAGACCUUCACAGCAUAGAAAAUUCUCUGAAAGGAAAAGCAAAUAUGAUAUUCGCAUACGUGGAAGCCAUCGGAACACCAGAGCACAGAGCAGUCAUGGAAGCCGCUUUUGUGUAUGGGACCUCGUAUCAGUUUGCCUUAACCACAGAAAUUGCCCUUUUAGAAAAUAUCGGCUCUGAGAACAUACAGCGUGCACAUCUCUACUUUUUUCAUUGUAAACUGGCCCUGGACUUGACCGAGCGCUGCAGAAGAACACUAAUGGAGCAACCGUUGACUACACUAAAUAUUCACGUCUUUGUGAAGACAAUGAAAGCACCUCUGUUGACGGAAGUAGUGGAAGAUCCUCAGCAAGUUUCCACCAUUCAUCUACAGCUAGGAUUACCACUGGUUUUUAUCAUCAGCCGACAAGCUACAUAUGAAGCCGACAGAAGAACUGCAGAGUGGGUGGCAUGGCAUCUUCUGGGGAAAGCAGGCGUUCUGCUGUUGUCGAGGGACUCUGUGGACGUGAGCAUUCCUCAGCACGCUAAUGUGGCCUUCAGAAGAGCAGAGAAGGAAGCGCCUGUGGAAUUCCUGGUGUUAGAUGACAUUGACUUAAUAGUUGCCCAUGUGAAAAAUAAUAUGUACGUUGAAGAAAUACAGGAGGAUGAGGACGGAGAUGAGGAAGGCCCAGAUCUGGCUAUUCAAGAUGAUGAAGUGGCAGAGACUGUUUUCAGAGACAGGAAGAGACCGUUACCUUUGGAGCUGACAGUGGAGCUGACACAGGAAACAUUUAACUCGACAGUCACCACUUCUGACAGCAUAGUGCUCUUUUAUGCUACCUGGCAUGCAGUAUCCAUGGCAUUUCUGCAAUCCUAUAUUGAUGUGGCAAUUAAAUUGAAAGGCACAUCCACUGUCCUCCUCACUAGAAUAAAUUGUGCGGAUUGGUCUGAUGUAUGUACAAAGGAAAACGUCACUGCAUUUCCUGUGGUAAAGUUGUAUAAGGAAGGCGAGAGCCCGGUGACUUACGCGGGCAUGUUGGGAACGAAAGACCUCCUGAAGUUUAUUCAGAUAAACAGGAUCUCCUGUCCAGUGAACAUAGCAUCCAUCCAAGAAGCAGAAAAAUACUUACGUGGGGAAUUAUAUAAAGACCUGUUCAGUUUUACUAGUGUGUCAGUACUGGGGCUCUUUAGUCCAGCCAUGACGCCAGCAAAAGAACAUUUCAGAGAAGCAGGGAAGCAGCUGAGAGGCUCUGUCAUCACGGGAGUUUAUUCUGAGAGUGAUGUUUGGAUACUGUCAAAUAAAUAUGCCGCAACUCUCCCAGCCAUGCUGCUGGCCAGGCCCAGAGAAGGUAGAAUAGAGAGUGUUCCACUAGCCUCCACCCCAGUGCAAGACAUGGUUCAGAUACUAGCAAAUGCGCCCCUGGAAGCAUUUCCAGAAAUCACAGUAGAGAAUCUUCCCGCAUACUUCAGACUUCAGAGGCCAUUGCUUAUCUUGUUCAGUGAUGGCCGCAUAAGCCUUCAGUUUAGAAGCACAGUUCUAGCCCUGGUGAGACAGAAGAAGUUGGAUUCCUUCAUCCCAUGCUGGUUAAAUUUAAAGAAUACUCCUGUGGGGAGGGGAAUCUUGAAGGCAUAUUUUGGCCCUCUGCCGCUGCUUCCUCAGCUGCUUUUGGUGAACCUGCACUCAGGUGGUCAAGUGUAUGCAUUUCCUUCAGCACAGUCUAUAACGGAACAAAACCUGAUUCUGUGGCUUGAGAAAUUAGAAGCAGGACUAGAAAAUCCUAUCACAAUUUUAUCGGCUCAGGAAUGGAAGCCUCCUCUUCCAGCUUUUGAUUUUCUAAGUAUGAUGGAUGCUCCUACAUCUCAAGCUCCCACAAAGAAAGUUCUGGAGUGUAUGAAUGAAGCAGAGGUACAGGAUAGUGCUGAGCAGCCACAGGGAAGUCAGUCAACAGCCAGAAGAGAGCCGGUUGAAACGCUCAGGAUAAAGCACUGGAACAAGAGUAACUGGCCAAAAGACGCGGAAGAGCCUCUGCAGCUCCACAAGGAGUUAUGAUCAGACCUCUCAGGCUGGCCUCUCUGAGGCCCGAGAAACUCAAGGUUGAUUCUGUUAAGGAAUAAUACUAAAUCAUGUCACGUCUGAACACGUGCCAUUCAAUGGAUUGCAAUACAAAUCACAUAUGUACAGUUUCUUAGUGGCUAUACUUCAGAACCAUAAAAUGAGCAGGUAAAAUUGGUUUAAAAUGUAUUUCAUCCAGUAAGUAAACACAGAUAGCUUAAUUAAUAUAAAGAUGCUGAGAGAUUUACUUUUUCUAUAUGAAUUCUUCAAAAUACAGUGCUUUUUUGUACUUAAUGCCAUCCCUCGCUGAAGAGAGCCAUGUUUCUGGGGCUUAUUUGUCACAGGUGUUAUGUGACUGUUGUAUUGGGCCGCUCACUGUCAGACAAACACCAGUAUAGUUCACCUAGUUCUAGCCAUGAUGUAUAUUUGAAUCAAAACUGCAAUGUAACUCUACUGCAUCAUCAUUGAUCUACAGUGGAACCAUAGCUGGCAGUUGUAUCUAUUCUCUUGUAGUCAUAGAAACCAGUACUUUCCAGUUCUGCCCCCAGGGAUGUUUGUCAACAUGAAGAGACAGUUUCAGUACUGUGACUUAGGGAUACUACUGACGUCAUUGUAUGGAGGUUAGGGUGCUCCUAAGCACCCUACGUUGGACAGCUUCCCCCAUCAAAGAAUUGUCUUUCCCGUAAUGUCAGGAGUGCCAAGGCUUCCUAAUCCUGUGUUCACUUAGCUGUAGCACAGUGGGAUCUCAGUGUCUUCUAUGUUACAUUAAAAAUGAAUGGCUGUCUUACCCUGAUUAUUAUAAAUGAACUUCUUGACGAUUUA